GCGAGGUGGGCGGGAAACGUUAGGGGAGCCGCAAGCGGGGCGUUGGGUCCCGGGCGAGCAGAGGCGCUUGGGCCGAGCUCCGGCUGGAUGAAGAGCCUGGCGUGUACGCCGGUGCUCGCCAGCGCGGGCCUCAGGUCGGCCAGCCGUGCUGCUGCCAGCGCUUCCGGAAAGACAGCCCCGGGCGCGGCCCAGCAUGCCCGGCACUUGGCUCGGAGCACGGCCGUCGGGCCUCGGAGACGUCGGGAGGUCCGGGGAGGCGUGGCCACCAGCGGGAUGUGCUAGCACGUGACCCCGGCCCCGGCGCUCUCCUGUCGGACGCCGGUUCCCUGCACUGCCCGCGCAGAUGAUUGGCCGACGGUGGAAGUGAGGAAGAUGGAAUUCAGUAUCUUUAGGCCUUGAUUUGAUGUGGUACAGGAUGAAUGACAUGAAUUUGAGCCCAGUGGGGAUGGAGCAGCUGUCUUCAUCCUCUGUGAGCAAUGCCCUGCCAGUCUCAGGAAGUCACCUGGGUUUGGCUGCCUCUCCCUCUCACAGCGCCAUCCCUGCCCCAGGUCUCCCAGUGGCAAUUCCAAACCUGGGUCCCUCUCUGAGCUCUCUGCCUUCUGCCUUGUCUCUGAUGCUCCCCAUGGGCAUUGGAGAUCGAGGGGUGAUGUGUGGGUUACCCGAAAGAAACUACACCCUACCUCCACCGCCUUACCCUCACCUAGAGAGCAGUUACUUCAGAACUAUUCUACCUGGCAUUUUAUCUUACUUGGCUGACAGACCGCCUCCUCAGUACAUCCACCCCAACUCUAUAAAUGUUGAUGGUAAUACAGCAUUGUCUAUCACCAACAGCCCUUCAGCACUAGAUCCUUAUCAGGCCAAUGGAAAUGUUGGAUUAGAAUUAGGUGUUGUUUCAAUAGACUCUCGUUCUGUGAACACACAUGGUGCCCAAAGUCUUCAUCCUAAUGAUGGCCAUGAAGUGGCAUUGGACACAACAAUCACUAUGGAGAAUGUUUCUAGGGUUACCAGCCCAAUCUCUACAGAUGGAAUGGCAGAGGAACUUACAAUGGAUGGUGUUGCAGGAGACCAUUCGCAAAUCCCCAAUGGCUCCAGAAGUCAUGAACCUCUCUCUGUGGAUUCUGUGGGCAACAACCUGACAGCAGACACUGUAGGACAUGGUGGUGUGAUACCCAUUCAUGGGAGUGGUCUAGAGCUUCCUGUGGUCAUGGAGACAGACCAUAUUGCAAAUCGGGUCAAUGGGAUGUCUGACAGCGCCCUCAGUGACUCCAUCCACUCUGUGGCCAUGAGCACCAACUCUGUAAGCGUGGCACUCUCUACCUCACACAACCUCGCCUCUCUAGAGUCUGUUUCCCUCCAUGAAGUUGGCCUUAGCCUAGAGCCUGUGGCUGUCUCUUCCAUCACGCAGGAGGUUGCUAUGGGGACAGGUCAUGUAGAUGUAUCCUCAGACAGCUUGGCUUUUGUACCACCUUCACUGCAAAUGGAAGACUCCAAUUCGAACAAGGAAAACAUGGCAACCUUGUUUACAAUUUGGUGCACUCUCUGUGACCGAGCCUACCCCUCAGACUGCCCUGAUCACGGUCCAGUGACUUUUGUUCCUGACACACCAAUAGAGAGCAGAGCAAGGCUGUCCCUCCCAAAGCAACUUGUUCUCCGCCCAUCCAUUGUGGGGACAGAAGUUGGUGUAUGGACUGCAGAAACCAUUCCUGUGCGGACUUGCUUUGGGCCUCUAAUUGGUCAGCAGAGUCACUCCAUGGAAGUAGCAGAGUGGACAGACAAGGCAGUUAAUCACGUCUGGAAGAUCUACCACAAUGGUGUCCUAGAAUUCUGCAUCAUUACAACUGAUGAAAAUGAGUGUAACUGGAUGAUGUUUGUGCGCAAAGCCAGGAACCGUGAAGAACAAAACUUAGUGGCUUAUCCCCAUGAUGGAAAAAUCUAUUUCUGUACCUCACAAGACAUCCCCCCUGAAAAUGAACUGCUAUUCUAUUAUAGCCGGGAUUAUGCUCAACAGAUUGGUGUUCCUGAACACCCAGAUGUGCACCUCUGUAACUGUGGCAAGGAGUGCAAUUCCUAUUCUGAGUUCAAAGCUCAUCUGACCAGCCACAUCCAUAGCCAUCUCCCUGGCCAGGGACAUAGCAGCAGCCAAGGGCCGAGUCACAGCAAGGAAAGAAAGUGGAAGUGUUCCAUGUGCCCCCAGGCUUUUAUCUCUCCUUCCAAACUCCACGUUCACUUUAUGGGUCAUAUGGGCAUGAAGCCCCACAAGUGUGAUUUUUGUAGCAAGGCUUUUAGUGAUCCAAGCAACCUGCGAACACACCUCAAAAUACAUACAGGUCAGAAGAAUUACAGGUGUACUUUGUGUGACAAGUCUUUCACCCAGAAGGCCCACCUAGAGUCCCACAUGGUCAUCCACACGGGUGAGAAGAAUCUCAAGUGUGAUUACUGUGACAAGCUGUUUAUGCGGAGGCAGGACCUCAAGCAGCAUGUGCUCAUCCACACACAGGAACGUCAGAUCAAGUGUCCGAAGUGUGAUAAACUGUUCUUGAGAACAAACCACUUGAAGAAGCAUCUUAAUUCUCACGAAGGAAAACGAGAUUAUGUCUGUGAGAAGUGUACAAAGGCUUAUCUAACCAAGUACCAUCUCACUCGGCACCUGAAGACCUGCAAAGGGCCCACCUCGAGUUCCUCGGCACAGGAGGAGGAGGACGACUCUGAAGAAGAUGACCUCACAGACUCCGUGAGAACGGACGACUGUAGGAUGAGCAGUGCUGUUUACUCGGCAGACGAGCCUCUCCCCACACAGAAAUAGGACACCUGCUCUGGAUGACCACGAACCCAACGCACUGCAGUGGUUUCUAAUGUGGAAUGCUUUCUGGUCCUUCCAACCCACUGUCAAAAGUGGACUGAGUGGGAUAGCUAAGGCACUUAGUGAGGAAAUCCAAAUGGAUUCUUUAGGGUGGACUGGAGAACAAGGCAUGUGUCUGCCCCAUUUUUAAGCAAUGGGUGGGGAGGAAAGGGUCAGCUUUUGGUAUCUGCUUUUUAUUUGUUUAGUAAUUUGGGAGAUGCAUUUAUGCCUGAGUCAGCGUGGACUUUUGUCCUUACCAAUCAGAUUUAUCUUAUCGUUCUAUUUUUUUUUUCCUCCAGUCAAUGUGAUUUGACCCCAGCCAUCCCCACUGUUGCCCACAUAUUAUGCACUAUUGUAAGUAAGGUAUGCAUCUCACAGUGAGAAUUGCAGCACAGCAGAUCGAGUGUUUGGUGACUGUAAUUAUAUAUACAUAUAUGAAAGAAAAGUAACACCUGCCUACCUUCUGGCCACUUGAGAGUUUAAAUCCUGCUUCUCCAUCUCAGCAGGUGUUUGGGGGAGCAGGUGAGAAGCAGUCAUGGGUCAGAGGACAGUGGCUGGUAGAGGAAAAGGCCCAGAAAACCACCUUCAAUGGAAGCCAAGGUUAGCCACCUGGUUAUGUGUACAUGCGCGUCUUUAUGGUCUGGCCAUGUCUCUGACUUCAGAAAAGCCUUCUGUCAUUCAGAGAGUGCCUGGAAUUAAGUGUCCAAACAAUGUCUGCUGGGUAGUCUCCUGUCAUGGACUCACCUGACAAGACUAGUUCUUCAGCCUACAGGAGGAAGAAAGGGAAUGAUCUUUUAUGUAGGUUUACUUUAUGAAAACCAUUAAAAUGUUGCUGACUGAAAGCAACAUGUAGUUCCAAAUGCAUUGGUGGGUUUCAGUUAGGCCUUCCCAGUUUUCUUCCUUGCUAAAGGUCCUCACCAGCUAAGCGUAGAGGAUACCAAAGGAUUUGGAAGAUAGAGAAGGUUAUUAGUCACCAUGUGGGUCUGUUUUCAGGUCCCUGUGAGCAGGCAUAGGGCUUUUGGCAAGAAGCAGAAACAUCCUGAAGUUGACAGGAUUGAUGGAACAUGCCUUCCUGCUCAGGGGUACAACCUUGACUUGAGUGGAGGAAGGACUCUGCUGGGAAGGUUUUGCUGCUAAAGUAUUUAUGGGAUGAAUGUAUUUCAUUCAAAUCUGUAUUCCUUUAGGAAGAAUUAAAAUCAAAAAUUUUUAUGAAAAUAAGACAUUUCUCAUAAUCUUUUGUAGAGGAUGGACUCAAAGGUUAAAAGAGAAGAAAACUUUUAGCUCUGAGAUCGUAUCCUAAUUGUUCCUGUGUAAUGGUGCUUAGACAAACUCAACUUCUGGGAUUUCUAGGAAGGUCUACAGCUGAAGGCAAGUGCUGUGGGUGGCUAGGAGUGAGUGCUAACACCAAGGCAUGAAGCCUUAGUGCUCAAAGUAAUUGCUCCCUUUUCUCAGGAGUAAAUUCCUUAUCGCCCUGCACAGAGAUGCUCUUCAAACUAGAGCUAUUCAAGCUAAACACCAAAACAACCCAAGGCAAGAGGAAGGGCGGAAGAUUCCUGCUGAGGAUGUAUGGUGUUGUUUCUACCUUUGACCUCUUGGGUUUAAGUGGGACUACCCUGUGACGGAUUUGCACUUCUCUGCCUAGUUGUAGGUGGUCUUGUCCACGAUUGCUGGGUCAGUGGCCACACCGACAGGAUAUGGUAAGUGGGGACUGUGGAACCAGAGUUCUCUGAGAUUUAUUGGAGGAUGAUAGCUUCGUGUUUUAAAUCAAAAUAUUAAACAGAAAACAAAAGAAAAUAGCGAAAACAAAGAAGAAACCAUGUAAAGAGCCAGCAGUUUGUUCUCAUUCUUCCUACAAUGCUUCAAAUUCAUUAGCAUACAGUUAAGGCCUGUUUAUGCACAGUAUUUUACAGGACCUCCAAUACCUGGCUUCAUAUUCAGGUUGCCUAAGGGCUAUGAAGCCUCAGGUGAUUCUGAAGCAGGUUGCAGUUGUGUAGGAGUCCUGCAUGUUGCUUAGAGUCGCUUUAUACAGGGUAUAAUUUAUACAAACCUAGAUGGCAUAGAACAUCAUUCAGUGUGGCCUCAGUGUAGUAAAAAAUAAACACUUUUUGAGGUGGGAAGCUGUAGUGUAGAAUGGCUGGAUGGUUUACAUUAACAAGUUACUAAGUAUUACAUACUAUGUUACAUCAGGAGUGGUUUAUACUAGCAUCCCACAAAACUGAGCAAUGCUUUCUGCUAGAAUGUCAGGAUAACCAGGUACAUUAUAACUUGCCUAUCAGAGAUUUUCCAACUCUAUUACAGUCUAAGAGCAUUGUUGUUGACUGCAUAUUGUUUUGCUGUUUUUAACAGACGCGUUAAAGUCUAGGAGCAGGAAUGAUAAGGUCCUAUCAGAAGAGACAAGGAGUAAAGUGUUUGGUAAGCCUGACUUAGUAAAGGAUUUUGAGAAAGAACAGGUCUGGAAAAAUCGAGUCAUAUGUGUGAAUUACAGGACAGCAUCUUUUAGUUUCAAGCUCAGAGCCAAAGCAAUUAUCUAGAAGGGGAAGUAUGUUACACCCUACUACGUGUUAAUUUUUUCUUCAGAGUAACAGCUUGUAGGCUCUUACCAAAGCCUGACAGGAGUGAGUGACAGGUAGUUUUUUAAGAUAGGACCUAGUUCUACAUCCUGCGCUUUCCCCAUUAUCUGCCACACAGCAGCCAUUGUGUGUGAAACACAUAACGACCACGCAAAUUCUGAUGAGGCUUGAGAAAUAGCCUAAACACUUACUAAAGCAUAAGUGAGGUGUAUUUUAAUGACAAAUAGAAUGUACUACUGUAGUACUUUAAAAUAAGAGAACAUCCUAUUCACUUCAAGUAUUAAUAACAUAAGACUUUCAAAUCGGUUUAGCAAGUGCUGAAGUUUGAAAGGAGAAAGAACUGAGUGGAAAGUUGUCCUGUGAGGCUAAGUGAAAUAAAGGGAACAGUGUACAAUUCUAAGUCCAGAGUGCUUUAUAUAAAUGCAAUUCAAGUUCAUUUGAAAAGAAAGGCAUAUGUUAGGAAGUAGAGGGAGAAUUUACUGGAACCAAAACUUAUUCAGCAUACUCUGACAGUUUGUUGUCUACUAGUAAAAUAUUUUGAUUAUAGAAAAUUCAUAUGAACUCCCCUAAAAUAGUUUUUAAAUAUUGGGACAAAGAAAACAGUCUUGAAAAAAAAUGUUAAGUUUGUAAACAAAAGCAUUUUAACAAUAGCACUGUCAAAAAACAUGAUUAAUAUUCCUUUAGGAAUCCCAUUUUAAAAACAAAAUGGGCUAAAGAAACUGCGCAGUCAGUAAAAUGCUUGCUUUGCAAACACACGAGCCUGAAUCUAGUUCUAGAACCUACCAUGCGAAGGUGAAGACCAGCUAGAAAAUUUCCCGUCUCCCUUCUCCCCAGUGCAGCCUGGCUAACACAGCAAGACCCAGUCUCCAGAACUCUUCAGUUACUAUGCAUAUAGUAUAAACCUACAGUUCUAGGUCAGAUGACAUAUUUAAGGAAUCAUUCUCUAAAAACUUUUAUUUUCAAGAAAUGAAAGAACUGUACAAUACCCAGCUGAAGGCAGAGGCAGUGGACUGCCAAGGCCGCAGAGGAAUGGCAACAGGAACUGAAUUUUCCUUCCAUCAUUGUAUGGCUGUAGGUACACAUGGAACAUUUUUAGGCCAGCUUUUUGAAACUCUGAGUUCAUGUAAACAUCCCAGGAGAUUGUGAUUUUUGUCAGGACUCCAUUGGUGUCUGGGAGCUCCCACUCCCGCAAGGGCCACUAACAGAUAAGCCUUUCGCAUUGCCAAUAACCAGUCUCUCCCGUCUUCCAAAUGUUUCAUUCACUAAAAAGAACCAUGAGAUAAGGAGGUAAGGACUACAGUAUAAGACAGUAAAUUUAUAUUUAAUAGAAAGUGAGAAAGUAGCCAAGUUGUAAGCCUGACCAAAUGAGUGAAUCUUCAUUUUUUUUUUUCCUUUCUUUUGAGACAAGGUUUUUCUGUAGCUUUGGAGCCUGUCCUGAAACUAGCCCUUGUAGACCAGGUUGUCCUUAAACUCAUACAGAUCUACCUCCUGGGAUUAAAGGGCAUGUGCCACCACUGCCCGGCCCUUAAUCAUCGUUUUGUACUUUGCCCCAGAGCUUAAAUCUGCCUUGGAACAGGGCUCUGGUACAGAUUUAUAUAUAAUCUCUACACAUUUCAUGUCUAUGAAUUCAAAUUAGCAACCCGAACAAAUCUUAGGAUCCUUAUCAUCUAGGGAGAAUUUAGUGGAGACAUCCUGUCUACAGGACACAGUAAGUAGUAAGGCAGUGGUGGCAUUACACCUGUAAUCCCAGCACUCCAGAGACAUAGGCAGGCAGACUGUGAGUUGGAAGCCAGCCUGGUCUACAGAGCGAGUUCCAGGCAGCUACACAGAAAAACCCUGUCUCAGAAAGGGGGGGGGAGGGGGAGAGCACGACGGGACAGUAAGUUAACACUACUUAUCUUGUAGAAAGCAGUUGAGAAAUGAACACAUUCAUGCAUUGUGGCACCUGGGAAAGGAAGAAAGGCUCUUCCUUGAGACUGCUACAUUUCCUUCUAGCUUGUCCAUUUUAGGUGUGAACACAGACUCCCCAUUUCUGCAGCAAGGACUACAGGAUGCACACUGGGCAGGCCUUUCCCAUCCAUGAUAUUCCCACCCGUGCUUAGCCCUUACUCUUUACUUUCACAAAGAGCAGGAGCUUGGAGGUUCUCACCUGAAGAUACAGUGCUUAUGUCCCAAACGCGAAGCCCCUCCUUCUGACCUCCAAAGGCAUAGACAAAUGGCAAAUCAGGACAACAAGAAGAACAAAAGAGAACUCCCUGGGGAGAGAAGAAAAAAGUGACUUCCCUCCUUCCAGAUAGUUCUAACCUUAGCCCCACUAGAUAAGCACUGCCACGAAGCUGGGCAUGAGUCACCUGCCUAGGUUGCUGUGUACACCCAGAAACUAUUCAUCUUUUUAAACAACUGUUACCUUAGAUCACUGUGAAGUCUUUUUUUCUGAAAUGAUCCUUUUGCAUAUGCGCAGGUGCUCUACCACUGAGCAUGUGUGAGGUCAGAGGACAACUUGUACGAGUUGUUUCUUUUUACAGUGCCAUCUCUCCAGACCCCCUUAGAUUAAGAAACUUUCAGCAUUACUGUUCUUAAUACUCGAUAUUAGAAAUAUGCAUUACUGAAAGUAUGAAUGAGAAAAAUAGGAAAUCCUUUCAUGUGAUAGCAUUUGUUAUUAGGAUAAGUACGAAAUCACGUAGUCAUUUACACAUAAGCUUAAAAUCGAAUUAAGAAAGUUCACGGCCCGAAUGCACGUGGUAUUUGACAGCUGUGGUGCUCUUCUGUACUCUACACGUUGCUCAUGUAACUCAGCGCUCACAGUAAGCACCCUGUUCCGCUUUGUGCGCACACGCACACAAUCAACCAAUAACUCAAGUGCUGAAGUUCCAAAAUUUUAAACGGCCACUUCUUAUGUCCCUUCCCCCAUUCUUGAUCCUGUCAAGUGACACUUAAGCUUGUGACCCUGAGGAGUUCAGAUAGUAACUGAAUUCUUUAAAAUACCAAAGUUAGACGAGCAAACAGGUCAGAGCCACAAUAAAAGUGUCAGGAGAUGCUCACCAUUUUCAUGUCUCUAGAAUGAACGAGACUUGGCCUGUCUCCUAGGAUGUCCCAGAUCUUCACAUAUUUGUCUGCUGAAGCAGUCACAAGGCAGCCCUUGAUCUGACUGCUCAGCUCAAGACCUGGAAGAUAAGAUUAGUUCAGGAGCUACUGUCUGAAAUUUAGACUUAUUUUGUCAUAACUUAAUGCAUUGGAAAGAAACAUCACUCUUGCUCACCAGAGAUUUCAUCGUUGUGUGCAUUAAGCGUAAAAAUUGGCUUGUCUGAACGCGCAUCCAGAUUAUACACAAAGCCGUCAUCUGUACUGGCC